GUGAUGUGCGACAGUGGCAGGCGUGAUGACAAACAGUGUGCUAGCGUCUGACAUGGACGCGUUCGAUGACGAAUCUUGCAUUAACAGAGACCCGCUGCUCUGCCCGCUGUGCGGCGAAAUUUACGAGGAGCCGUGCAUACUCUCCUGCUGUCACACGUUCUGCGCGCGCUGCCUGCGCGGCAGAGCAGUCGACGGCCGCAUGACGUGCCCGCUCUGCAGCAAGGAGAGCCUGCUCACCGAGGGAGCGGUGCUGCCAUCCAGUGACAACGUCAUGAAGUUUCUCGUCGAAUCCUCGACGAACGACGAGAAGGCGGCGUGCGCCAACUGCGACGCGACCGCGACGUUUUACUGCGGCACGUGCCGACAGCCGCUGUGCGAGUCGUGCCGCGAGCUCACGCACGCCGCGAGGAUGUUCCAGCGCCACGAGAUGGCGCUGCUGUCGCGGCGCACCAAGGACGCGCACCGUACAUGCGCCGCGCACGCCGAACCCUUCAUCAUGUUCUCGACGCACACGCGGACGAUGCUGUGCAUCAACUGUUUCCGCGAUGCGGACACGGAGGGUCGCUCGCGCUGCAUCGACAUCGCGUCAGCGCGCGCGCACGCGAGCGAGAAACUCGAGGCUUCCGUCCGCAUCGUCCGCGAGCUUCACGCCUCCGCCGUCGAGGACGUCGACGCCUACCGGCGCCUCCUGGAGGAGCUGCGGCGAAGCGCGGCCGCGGAGAAGGAAGCGAUCGCGUCGCUGUGCGGCAGCGUGGAGCGCGCGCUCGCGGACACGCGGGACGGUCUCCUGGCGGACGCCGAGCGGCAGCAGAGCGCGCGCGAGCGGCUGUUCCGCGAACGCCUUGCCGACCUCGCCGUCAUGCUGCCAACGCUGUGUGCCUACCGCAACGCCUGCGAGUCGUUUGCGUUGUCGGCGAACGAGUUUGAGUUCCUCUCGCUCGCCUACCUACUCAUGCAGCGACUCAGCGCGAUCUCGAAGUGUUCGCACAUGCUGCGGCCGGCGUGGGACGGCGGCGUGCGCACCGGCUUCCGGCAGGAGUACGCGCGCUGCCUCGAGCCGCUGCUGCGCCUUCCCGCGCAUAGCGAGCAAGAACCGGCACCAUCGAUGUCCACUCCCGUCGCCACGUCCGCUUCCGACGCCGUGUCCGAUUCGGUCGAGUCCCCUCCAGCGACGAAAACGCCGGGAGGCGAUGCGAGCCGGCGGCGGGCGACGUGGACGCCGCCAGAGGGCGCCGCCGGUGCGUUCGCGGAGCACUGCCGCGCGUUUGAGCCGCAGCGCUGGCAGCUGUACGAGAACCUGCACCGGCUGAAGGACCGCGUGCAGGAGCUGCAUCGCGACGUGACCGUGCGGCGCUGCCUCGCGAGCCAGCCCCGCGUCGACGCCAUCCUCGCAGCGUGUGCGCGCAUGCGCGAGCAGCUCGACGAGCAGGGGGAGGGACUGGUCGCCGCGCGGGCGGCGUUCGAGGACGAGUGGGCAGAGCGGCAGCGCGCGGUAAGCGGUGAGCGUGAGACGUAUGAGGCUCAGCUACGCGACGUAACUGACUUCAGGCAGGAGAACGAGCGCAUGUGCGGCAUCCUGCGCCAGCUCCAGCCUUAUAUGAAGUCCAUCGCGGACGUCGUACAGCGCAUAGAACCGGGCGUGAAGAAGCCAGCACCCGCGUGACCCCCUCAGGGUUCCUCUGUGCCCCCAUCACAUAUAUCAUAUAUAUAUCAGGGUUUCCGUCAGGAGGGUGAAAUGGUAAAAUUCCAUACCCAAAAAUAUGAAUUAAAAAAUUACUCUUGCAUGUAUACAUGUUUGCAUAGUUUUGCGUAUAUGUAGCAUAUGUUCUUUAUAAAAUUUUGUCUGUAAAAUUCAUGUCAAGACUCAAGAUCUACAGGUACCCUACACUCACGCUUGUUUAAUGAUGUCUGUUACCAAUUCAGUACCGGUAGUAAUUUGUAAAUAAAACAAAUAAGCGCUGCGUUACAUAAAAACUGAA